UGUGUGUGUGUGUGCGCGUGUGUGUGUGUACACAUGAGAGUUCAUGCGUUGCAUUUGCCAUACACAGAAGGAACGCCUGUGAACAGUGAGCAGAGGGAGGUGGAGAAGGACUAGGAAGACUACUCUCUUUGGACUGACCUGUCACCAAGAUGGACAUCACGGAGUUCCGGAAGCGUGGGAAGGAGAUGGUGGACUACGUGGCUGACUACCUGGAAACCAUAGAGCAGAGGCAGGUCUACCCAGAUGUGGAGCCCGGCUACCUGAGGUCCCUCAUUCCCGAGGAAGCUCCAGACGAGCCGGAGGCCUAUGAGGAUGUGAUCCAGGAUAUCGAGAGGGUGAUCAUGCCAGGGGUCACCCACUGGCACAGCCCGUUCUUCUUUGCAUAUUUCCCUACGGCCAGCUCCUUCCCUGCCAUGUUAGCAGAUAUGCUAUGCGGGGCAAUUGGCUGCAUCGGCUUCUCCUGGGCAGCCAGUCCGGCCUGUACUGAGCUGGAGACGGUGAUGCUUGAUUGGCUUGGGAAGAUGCUCAGACUGCCGAAGGAUUUUCUAGCUGGCACCGAAGGCCAAGGUGGUGGAGUGAUUCAGGGUACUGCCAGCGAAGCUACUCUGGUAGCACUUCUCGCCGCUCGCUCCAGGAUAGUCAAGCAGAUUCAAGCUCAUGAUCCUCAGCGCUCUGAAGUCGAAAUCAUCUCCAAACUAGUGGCCUACUCCUCAGAUCAGGCUCAUUCCUCAGUUGAGAGGGCAGGUCUAAUCGGAGGUGUGAGAAUGAAAAAAAUGUCAACUGAUGGCAAGUUUGCCGUGUGUGGGGAGACGUUUCGGAAAACCCUGGAAGAGGACAAAGCAUCAGGCCUCAUCCCGUUUUACUUCUGUGCCACACUAGGAACCACUCCCUCAUGCGCGUUCGACCGCAUCACCGAGCUUGGCCCAAUAUGUAACGCAGAGGGCAUGUGGAUGCACAUUGACGCGGCGUACGCAGGGAGUGCGUUCAUUUGCCCUGAGUUCCGCCCUCUCUUGGAUGGCGUGGAGUUUGCUGACUCCUUCAAUUUUAACCCUCAUAAAUGGCUCCUAGUUAACUUUGACUGCUCCACAAUGUGGGUAAAGAGAAGAGCCGACAUCAUUGGUGCUUUUAAGAUGGACCCGCUUUACCUGAAGCAUGACCACCAAGAGUCAGGGCUUGUGACAGAUUACAGACACUGGCAGAUUCCACUGGGUCGGAGGUUCCGUUCACUGAAGUUGUGGUUCGUGUUCCGCAUGUACGGCCUGAGAGGUCUGCAGGCAUACAUCCGCAAGCAUGUCGGUCUGGCUAAGGAAUUUGAGCGUUUGGUCCGAAAUGACGAGCGCUUCGAAAUCUGUGCGGACGUGGUGUUGGGCUUGGUUUGCUUCAGACUAAAGGGCUCCAACGAACUUAACGAGCUCCUGCUGAGGAGGAUCAACGGCGCGCGGCGCGUUCACCUGGUGCCGUGUCAGCUGGCGGGCGCGUUCGUGCUGCGCUUCGCCGUGUGCUCGCGGACCACCGAGUCGCGGCACGCGCAGGAGGCCUGGCGCCACAUCUCUGAGCUGGCGUCCGAGCUGCUGCGAGGGCAGAAGCGCUGACCGCUGCCCGACCACUCCGGCUUACACCUGCCCUGCUGCUACACUUCUCUCUGCUCAUUCGCCGCUCCGUGUGUGUGUGUGUGUGUGUGUGUGUGUAUCCAACUGUCUAUUUUUACAAUCUCAGUAUCUGUGUGUAAACAGCACUUUUUGGCGGCUGGUUUGUGGCUGUAUUUUCCCAAAGCUUGUACGUCUACUACUAUGACAGUGUUUGUGGAUAUGUGUGUGUGUGUCAGAAUUCACUGUUGAGAGAUGAAGUACAAAUCAAAGAAUAAGUAGAAUGCACCGUUAUUACUGGAAUAAAAUGAACAGAGGCUUAAUGGAUAUUUACAUCAUUUUCUCACUGCAUUAUCGAGUACAUGACCUACAGCGUACCAAAACAACAGAAAAAUGCAUUGUUAGUUGAUAUGAUGAAAUGUUAUAAAAAAUAUCACAGAAAACAAAAUCAACUGUAGCUUGCUUUCAUGUAAUUCCGCGUCUUUGGUACGUGUUGACUACUGCAGUGACCCCUGAAGCGAAUAAAAAUGUCAUUGCUGAUUAGCCACACAUGCGUUGACUUUAAGCGCUCGCGUGCUGAUCUGUGUUUUACAGGCUCUAUGAAGAAAUCCACAAGCCUUAUGUCAAGGCAGUUAUCGGCCUGUCACAACACAUGCGUUAUCAUCAAACUUUUUUUUUUUUUUUGCAAAUGAGUUUACACAGCACAGGCACACGGAUAUAGGCGCACCGUGCAAAACAUGUGCAGGCUUAACGUUUGACCACGCGUCACGUGUACGCCUGUACUGCCCAGCUGCAAGACGGU